AUGUCGUCUCCAACACUACCAGCCACCAUGUCUCCGGCAGCAUCAGAAAGCUCAGCCUCCCCUCAUAUCUUGGAUGCGCCCAGCGAGAGCUCUCCGGGUAGCGAAACUUCUUGGUCUGACGUCGUCGACCAGGACCAGAAGUUCCCUAUUGCCGAUCGGGAUCUCAAGACUCAUCUCGCCGAGCUUUACAGCGAGAAUAUUGUUGCGAAGGCUUGCAGAACUGCGGGGAGAUCUUUGACCGGUGUGGCCUCUUCGACUGGCACCAACAAAACCCCAACCGGUUUCCCCGAAACAGUCUCCCAGUCAGAGCAGAGCAAUGGCCAGUACGAGUUCAGAGAACCAGACUUUUGGACUUGUGGCUUUUUCCCAGGCGAGCUCGCUGCCCUCAAGGAAAGAUGUGUUCGAUUCCCACAGCAUACCGGUCUUGGCGAUACAAGAGCGAUCCCUCUUUCGCAGUUGUCCAGUCAGCUUGCGAGGUCCUGCGAAAUCUGGCUGGAGCCUCUGCACGACAUGGCAGCUCGUACAGACACCCACGAUCUGGGGUUCAUCAUCAUGCCUGCUCUCCAGCGCGAUUGGGAGCUGACUGGCAAUCAUCGAAGCCUGAAUACCAUCAUUAAGGCUGCUCGGAGCCUAGCCAGCCGUUAUGUUCCAUCAGCACGGGCCAUCCGAAGCUGGGAUUGCAUGUUGAAGAGAGACAUCAGCAUCACCGACAUGGAGCAGAACGCCAUCAUCAUCAUCGAUAGCCUGUGCAACCUAGACUUGCUCUACUACGCCUCAGCCCACAGUGGUGAUGAGGAACUCGCAGCGAUAGCAACAGCGCAUGCCCAGACGCUGCUCAUGACUCACUUGAGGCCCGAGAGAAUAGUGACCACAGCCAAAAACGGGUAUCGUGGUCAGCUAUAUUCGACUUGCCAUGUUGCCAACUUGGAUCCGAGGUCUGGCGAGUUGCACUGGCGCCGUACGGCCCAGGGCUAUGCCGAUGCGUCGACAUGGUCGCGUGGGCAGGCAUGGGCCAUUCUCGGCUAUGCUCAGACGUACAUGUGGACGAAAAAGCGGGAGUUUCUCGACGCAGCGUGCGGUGCGGCAGAGUACUUCAUCCAUCGGCUGGAAAGCGCACCAUCCUUUGUGGAGAAGGUCACAAAUGGGGGCAGAAUCGGCCGCUAUGUCCCGCUCUGGGACUUUGAUGGGCCAGUCGCGGACGAGACGAGGCCUCUUCGGGACAGCUCUGCGGGUGUGAUCGCAGCUAAUGGCAUGCUCAUUCUGUUCCAGGCCCUUACCGCCAUAUCGCAACAUUCGGUCGCCAGCCGCUUCCUUGAAGCUUCCAUCACAAUUGUGAAGGACACAUUGGACUUUUCUCUGGCUGAAGAGCGAGCUUGUUUCCUAAGUGACCCUUCUGCUGAUGGCGAGCUUGUGGUUCAUGAUGUGGUGCCUGGGAAGACAUUCGAUGCUGUGCUGAAGAACGGCACAGCCAACAACAACGAUGGAGCGCGGAGGAGAAUUUGGGAUCAUGGCCUGGUCUACGGGGACUACUACUUGGUCGAGUACGGGAACCGAUUGCUACAGAUGGGGCUAGUAUAA